AUGGAUUCCUAUCCAAAUCCAAAUUUUAAUUUUGUUGAUCUUCUUCAAAGUCAACAAGAAAGUGGGUUCGGUUUAGAGUCUUCUUCUUUUCCUCUAUUUGGCACUCAAGCUACCGAAGGUUCUAACUUCGAGCAAGAUAGUCCAGCGGCUGCAGAGCGUAAGGAACGACGGACAUGGACGCCUACUCAUGAUGCUGUUCUCAUCAGCGCGUGGUUAAACACGAGCAAGCAUCCGGUGGUAGGGAAUGAGCAACACUCUGUUGCUUUCUGGAAGCGGAUAGCUGCGUACUAUUCCGCCAGUCCUAAGAUCGCAGAGUGUGACAAAAGAGGCCUCAACAUAGCGAAAUCUUCUGGUCAAAACGAGACUGAUGUGCUCAAGCAUGCCCACGAAAUCUUCUUCAACAACCUUAAAAAAAAAUUCACCCUCGACCAUUGUUGGAAGGAGCUUCGUAAUGACCAGAAGUGGUGUGAACUCUCAACCCCUAAACUCGACGGAAGCAGCAAAAGGAAGAAGGUCGACGACGGUUCUCAUUCAGCAACCUCUCAGGCGUUUGAAACCGACACUGCUGUAGAUGAGCAAGGCAGCAAGCGUCCCCCUGGUGUCAAGGCUGCAAAAGCUCGUGGGAAGAAGAAGAUGGUUGAUGGAAAGGAUCUGUCUGAGUAUCAGACAAUGUGGGUCAUCAGGCAGCAGGACAUCGCAUCCAAAGAAAGGCUCUCGAAGUUUAAGCUUCUCGAGAGUCUCGUUGCAAAACAAGAGCUUGCAGAUUAUGAAGAAGUUCUGAAGAAGAAACUCGUUGAUGAGUUGAUUUCUCCUUAG